UGGGCGCCGAGUAGGAGGCCGGUACGUCGCCGAUGGCGCUGGCGCCGCCGAGCGUCGCGACGCAUAUGUGGACGGGCUCCCCGUACUCCUUCGGCGUCCUCGAGCGCCUCUUCCAGAAGCACUUCUCCGCCCCUCGCCGGCUCCUCCAGGUCCAUGCCCUCCUCCUCACCUCCGGCGCGCUCUCCACCUCCGACGCCGCCGCCACCUUCCCCUACAACUGCCUCAUCCAUGCCCACCUCCGCCUCCCCGCUUCCACAAUCACCCCGCUAUGCGCCCCGCUCCGCCUUUUCUCGGCCAUGCUCGCCCCCAGGGCGCGCCCCAACGGCCACACAUUCCCUUCCCUCCUCAGGUCCGCCUCCGCCUCCGGACCAGCCACCAGGUCCCUCCAUGCGCAGUGCCUCCGCCACGGGCUUACGGCUGAUCGCUUCGUUGCAUGCUCGCUGUUAAAUGGGACAAGGGGAGAAAGAUUCAGCUGAUAAUUUGGUCGCUCCAUCUGAUGAUAGGAACGAGCUGCAGGUGGAAGGUAUGUGCGUCGAAUUUGUAAGAUAGAGCAAAAGAAUAAUUGGAUGCAUGCUUAUUCUCAUCCAAAAUAGAACAAAAGAAAGCAGUAAAUUGGAAAUCCAGAUCGUCAAUGGAAAAAUCUAUUUAUUUUGCAGACUUUAUAUCUCCAUAGUACACAGAAGUUCGUGAGUCUAAUAAUAAAAUAUAUUUUUUGUCUGUCUGACAUCAACUAUGGCAUUCUACCUUAUUAGCUGAUUAACAUUUUGUUUUUCCCAUGUUAUAGUUUUGCUCUCCUGUUAUCUUGCAAACAUAAUGCCAGACCUUGCACCUUGCACCUUUGUAUAGCUUUUCUACCAAUGGGACUUGGGACCCCUUUCUAUCCUACUGCAUAUUUAAUUCCAUCCAUAAAUCGACUUUCCCUCCUAUGCUCUGAGUUCCAGUAUCGAUAAGAAUUUGAGUUCUUAUUAUUCUUAUGUUAUACCAUACCAAUUCGUUAUGUAUGGAUGAUGGAUGAAAUUCCAUGGGUAGAGAGCUAGAUCAAAUAGACUUAUGGAACGUUCCCAUUGGUGUGCAUCCAGCAGGAUUUGAAUCCGCAAAUUUACCAAUUAUGAGUGGGGCACUUUAACUAUUCAGUCAUGGAUGCUUAACAGGGAUCAUCGUACAUCGUAAAUAACCAAUUUCCAUAUAUAAAGACAAGUCAUAGAAAAAUGAAAUCGAAAAUAUUCUCAGAUGGCAAAUAUUCGGAGAUGACUAUAAAACACCUCUCUGGACCCUCGAAUUGAAAGAUAAUUGAGAGGGAUCAAGAAUCUUAAUUCUCACUCUUUGGAAUGGAUCCAAUUUUGUUGAGUUUGACUCAUAGUGAUCAUUUCUCUUUAGCAAAAAAUAACCUUAGUUGGAGUUCAGUUUUAGUAUUUGGAUACAUUUUCAUGAAUUUAAUAACUCCAGGAGUGAGUAAAAAUACCUAAAACUACGUGUCAAUGUUUUG